AUGACUAUUUCUGAAAUUGAAUGCUGUGCUGCGAUGUUUCCAAAUUCAGAAUCGCUGAAAUUGAAUGCUGUCGGCGAAGAAGAAGCAGCUGUACGGGAUGAUAAUAUAGUCGUACUGGCGGGAACGUGGGUACGGCUGGAAGACGGUGUUUUUGAGUUUAAAUUGGACAUGUCUAGGAUGUGUAGGUCUAUUUAUUGCCGGAAAACUGACGGAAUUGAUGCUCUUAGGUCGAAAGUCAGCGCCGAGUACGCUAUCGAUUGUAGAGUAGUGUCGGUGGAUCUUACUUACCUUAUAGAUGAUGUGUUGGCCGAGAAGUAUGGAAACGGUUCUCAACCAACAGAGAUUGUGAGCACUCGUGAUUACAGAAGCUUCCUGUUUCUGCACAAGGCCGACAAGUCUCUCAACUUGUUUGUGAUGUUUAGAGAGACGGUGGGGGACGAACUAGUGAUUAUGAAACCGAAGCCGAGAUUGAGAGCUGGAUUAUCACUUGGCGCACUUAGUAGUGGCGUAGAAGAUGAUGUAGAUCAAACUGCUAGGAACGGAGUGGAUGGUGAUUUGGGACGAAAUUCGAUUAUAGAAGAAAGUGACGAUGAAGAAUUUCUAAGGGCGGUUGAUGCACUGGAAGCAAGUGUAUUGGAAGCAAAGUCUACGAGCGGAGUGGAAGCAAGUGCAUUGGAAGCCAAGUCUGCGAGUGGACAGAGUGAGGAACCUGAGGUUGGAAUCGACUUUGACGAUGUCCCAGAUUAUGAGGAGGAGUAUGAGUACGACGAGGAGGGCUGUGUCGGAUCUGAAGACGACGUGCCAGAUACUGAGGAGGGUGAUUAUUACUACGAUGAUGGUGAAUAUGAUUAUGACUGGUGGACGGAGUACGUGAGAAACGAUGGGAAAGGGGAUGCGCCUGUGAAAUACAAAGGAGUAGUAGGCAGUGACGAUGAUGAUGACUUUGUAGAGGAUCUUUCAGACGUGCGUAGCUUCAGGAACGGGAGAAGCUAUUUUGAUGGUUGCGCCGAUCCACUGCCGCGUUGCAGGGAGAACUGGACUUGCGUUGAUGAUGAAGAUUUUUGUGAACAUCCACCGAUGCGUAAAAAGAGUGUAGAGACAAGAAGAGCAGAUGGUGGGGGUGAUUUUGUGAUGGAAACACCUCCCAAACCGAGGGAGUAUCCGGGUAAUGUCUUCAGGAAACGUGAUGAUAGCUAUUAUGGGGAUGAUUUUAUUGAUCCUCCAUCUGCGCCCGAGUCCGGAGUAGAGCUUGGUCCACGGAAUCUGAUGAAAGGAAUCCGUCUCACUGAAAUAUAUGGUUACGAAGAUGUGGAGCCUAUGUUCAACGACAUGGAUAAUCAGAGUUCGUUGACAAUUCACGAUUUGGAUUUAUCGUAUGAGGAUACAGAUAUUUUCAUAGACAGGUUGUUCAGACACAAGCAACAUUUCAAGACGACGCUAGCCAUCUAUGCACUUAAGAAUAUAUUCCGCUUCAGGUAUCACAAGCACGCGCAUAACUAUACGGUCGCGAGGUGCAUCUCAAAUAAGUGUGGCUGGAGAAUCAUGGCGAAGCAAGUUGGUGAUUCGCAGACGUAUGAGGUGAGGAAGGCACAACUGAAUCACGUAUGUGACGUAGAUUCUAGGGGUUCGUAUACAAAACACGCAUCAUCCAAAGUUAUAGCAGCAUUGGUGAGGUUGAAAUACAAGUCAUGUGUUGGACCCCGGGCGAAGGAUCUACCGGCGUCGGUACUAAAGGAGCACGGGAUCUUUGCUUCGUAUUGGAAGUGUUGGAAAGCGAGGGAACUUGCUAUCGCGGAUGCACACGGAACAGAGGAAGCUUCUUACAGGUUACUACCUAAGUACAUGUAUCUUCUAAAGUACGCUAAUCCGGACAGCUUAUGCCAUCUGCAUACGGAGGUUGAUAAGAAAGGUGAUCGUAGGUUUAAGUAUGCCUUCGUGGCACUUAAAACUUGUAUCGACGGAUGGAAACAUCUUCGCAUAGUCGUAGUGGUGGACGGGACGCAUAUGUUUGGGAAGUACAGAGGCGCAAUACUAACCGCUUCUGGUCAGGAUGCAAACUUCCAGAUUUUUCCUAUUGCGUUUGCAGUUGUUGACAGCGAGAAUGACGAGUCUUGGCUAUGGUUCUUUGAGAAGCUCCUUGAUAUUAUUAGUGAUGGUGCGGACCUUGCAAUGAUAUCGGAUAGGGCUCCGUCUAUAGCUACAGCGAAGGAGGUACAUUAUCCGCUUGCACAUCAUGGAAACUGUCUUCUACACAUCCAGAGGAACGUGAAUCAGAAGUUCACCAAACGGAAGCAGAGGUACAUUGUAGGCGUAGCCGGGGAGGCCUACACUAAAGCUAAGUUUAAGAGAGUAUACGACCUGUUGAAGGAAACAGAUAUGAAGUGUUGGAAAUAUAUGGAGCUUAUAGAUGUCCGCCUCUGGACGAGGGCGUACUUCGAAGGAGACCGAUACAACUUGAUGUCUAGUAACAUAGCCGAAUCCCUGAAAAAAGACGUGGUUUGGGAUUUUCCGUGGAAUAUAUUACAAGCUCCCAUACAAAGACGUGGCAAUACAAGAUCAAAACCAUAG